ACGGAGGAGGAGGAGGAGGAGGGGGGUGGAGGCGACAGGAGGGAGUAUUAGAGGCGGCUUUAAAUGGAGGGGGGCGCGUAAAGGAUGUAUACAUUACUCUCAGGUCUGUGGAAGUACAUGUUCCAAAAGGAUGAAUACUGCAUUCUGAUCUUGGGGUUGGACAAUGCAGGCAAAACUACCUUUCUGGAGCAGACAAAAACAAGGUUUAACAGAAACUACAAAGGAAUGAGUUUAUCAAAGAUAACCACUACAGUUGGUUUAAACAUUGGAACUAUUGAUGUUGCUUCAGCACGACUUAUGUUCUGGGAUCUCGGUGGCCAGGAGGAACUCCAGUCUCUGUGGGACAAGUAUUAUGCAGAAUCACAUGGUGUAAUAUAUGUCAUUGACUCAACCGAUGAAGAGAGAUUGUCAGAAUCAAAAAUAGCCUUUGAAAAAAUGAUCACCAGCGAAGUGCUUGAUGGGGUUCCAUUGUUAGUAUUGGCUAACAAACAGGAUGUUGAGAGCUGCCUUUCUGUUGGAGACAUUAAAACUGCUUUUAGUGAUUGUGCCCCAAAAAUUGGGAAGAGAGAUUGUUUAGUACAACCAUGCUCAGCACUUACUGGGGAAGGUGUAAAUGAUGGGAUCGAAUGGAUGGUCAAGUGUGUAAUCAGAAACAUUCACAGGCCACCAAGACAGAAGGAUAUCACAUAGAAGUCACCUGUUUUGUCAGAGUUGCUGCACAGUAGUUCCACUAGCUGGAAGCAAUCCGUAUUGAAGCUUACACUCUUAUGUGGAGCUUUCUUACCUUUGCUGACUAUUGCUGAUAAAAGUUGAAGAUGUUACAUCUAUGACUAUGUAAGUAAGUGCUGUUUCAAGACAGUCAAUAUGAGAGGGACCUUUUUCAACACUAGCAGUGUGGGUUGACUGGAUAAAGAUUCAUUAAUAUUAAAUAUCUGAGCAACAAUAAUACGUUCUUGUUAGCCUUUUUUUAAAUGCAGAGAUUUUUUGUGUACUAAUAUUCCUUUAUUUCAGAAAUAGUUGUCUAAAAAUAUGGGAUUUGAAACUCACUGUCUCCUUGUUUUGCACAGAAGUUCUGUUAAUAACUUUUGUCUUUUAGAUUGAACAAAGUUGUGAUGAUCUCGGUUGUAAUGCAUUUUGUGGAAGACAAAAUAAAGUUUUUUUUAAAAAAAAUCCCUAAA